ACAUGGCAGGCGAGGGCUUCAGCGACCCCAUGCCGAUACAGACCAGGUGCUGGCCGGUGCUGUUGGCAGGGCGCGAUGUGGAGGCCAUCUCGGAGCCAGGCAGCGGGAAAACCCUGGCCUACAUGCUACCUGCCGCCGUGCUGCUGGCCACCAAGGGGCAUGGCGGCAGCACACUUCCAGACGGCCCGCUGGCCCUCAUCUUGCUGCCGACCCGCGAGUUGGCACAGCAGGUGGCCAGCGCCUGUCGUGACUUGCGCAAGUACUGUGGGCUCAGGACCUGCUGCAUCACGGGAGGCAUUGACAAACAGCAGCAAGUGGAGGCGCUUAGCAAACAGCCUCACCUACUGGUGGCCACCCCUGGCAGGCUGCUGGACCACGUGCAAGACGGCGCGCUCAAGCUAGCCCAGGUUUCCUACCUGGUGCUCGACGAGGCGGACAAGAUGCUUGGGCUUGGCUUCCAGCCGCAGAUUGAGCAGCUGAAGCAACACCUGCUGCCGCCAGCUGAGCAGGAGGGCAUCGCUAAGAAGCAGAAGAAGAUGCGCAGAGUGCAGGUGGCCCUGUUCACGGCAACCAUGCCCGAGUCCCUGCAGGAGCUUGCGGCGGCCUGGCUGCAGCAGCCGGAGGUCAUCCGCGUGGCAACCUCUGCAGCUUGCAUCAGCAGCAGCAUCACCCAGGUGGUGCAAGUGUGUGCCGAACACAAGAAGUCUCACAAACUGAUCAAGCAUCUUGAAAAGAUCACAGCAUCAGCACAGGGAGCGCGUGUGAGGCCGCGGGUACUCAUUUUCACCAACAGGAUCAAGACGUGCCGCUUUGUGCACAGGCUGGUCCAGGAGGCUGGCUACCGCGCCACCCUGCUGCACGGCGAGCGUGGACAGGAGGAGCGUGAGGUCGCGAUGUUGGACUUCCGUAGCGGCAAGGCGCAGAUCAUGGUGGCCACCGAUGUUGCAGCUCGCGGCCUCCACAUUCGCGGGCUACCCCAUGUUGUGAAUUGGGACCUGGCGACCAACAUGGAGCAGUACAUCCACAGGGUGGGGCGCACGGGGCGGCUGGCCACCGACGGCCAUGCAUUCAGCUUUUUCACGCGUGAGAUGGCACGCCUGGCUGGCGCCAUGGUCGAUUUGCUGCAGCAGCAUGGCCAGGUGCGCAUGGGAUGGUUUGUGCAGGAUCAAUCCUGUACCAGCCAUCACGUUGCUGACAUGAUACACAUUGUCUUUUCCACGUGCAGGCUGUUGACCCCAAUCUUGUCAAGCUCGCCGAGAGCUAUCAAAUAG